CUUGCCGGAGAUUGAAGAAGAAAGAAUGAAAGACGGCGGUGCGGUAGGGUUCUAGAGAGAGAGAAUGGCGUCGCCGGCGAAGAUGCAGGAGCAAGUAUUGGAGAUCAACUUGAUCUCAGCACAAGGACUGCAGCCACCUUCGUCUCCACGGCAGAGGCUCCAAACCUACGCCCUCACAUGGAUCGACCCCUCCACCAAGCUCCGAACCCGAGUUGACAACGUUGGCGGCCACAACCCUACCUGGAACGACAAGUUCCUCGCCAGCGACACCUCCGGAAUCUCCGUCGCCAUCUACGCCGUCGGCACCUUCCGCCUAAUCGGCACCGUCAGGUUCCUCAUCAGCAACAUCCUCUCCUCUCCCGCCGACCCCGACGCCGCCAGAACACCCUGCUUCAGCGCCGUCCAGAUUCUCCGGUCGUCGGGGAGGUUCCACGACGUCAUGAACAUCGGCGCCAUGGUCGUGGAAGCCUCCGACUUCCCGGCGCUGCACAAGAUCUCGGCGAUAGGGUACCGCGACCUCAUGGGAAUGAAGAUAAAGCACCACCGGAGGAAGCGAAACCGAAGCCCGCGGCGGCGGCGUUGAAGGAGUGGAACGGGGUGAGGGAAUUGGCGGGAAACAAAGGAUUAACGGCUUCGGGAUUCUUGUGCUGCUUGGUGGCCCGCAGAAGUAUCCAACUCACUCCCACUAACCCUGCCAUGGAAAGGUAAACCAACAAUAAAGCUACAACCCUCUCUCAGCACAGCCUAGGAAACCUCUUAUCCU